UGUCACUUGAGGUACCGCAGAAGACAUGGAGAAGUUUGUGGAGGACAGAGUGGAGGUGCAGCUGGGGACAAAGUGUGUGGACGCUGCUGUGUGUGUCCCCGCCUCGGAGACACGUGUCCACACCGCUGUGAUCCUCACGCAUGGAGCCGGUGGAGACAUGAACUUCUCUCAGCUCGUGUCUCUGUCUCACGCGCUGGCUUCACGUGGCUUCAUCUGCCUGCGCUUCACCUGCAGAGCUUUGAACCUGAGCUACAGAGUGAAGGUGUACCACGCUGUGUGGGACUAUUUGAAAUCACUGCAGAGGUUUAACAUCAAGCACAUGUUCAUUGGAGGCAGGUCAAUGGGGAGUCGUGCCGCUGCAGCUUUAGCCCGGCAGCUGAGUGAGGGAACAGAGGGAGCAGUGCAAGGUGUCGUCUGCCUGUCUUUUCCUCUGCACCCCCCAGGACAGACACACGCCCACCGCCAGCGGAGUGAGGAUCUCAGGGCGCUGCCGGAACACGUGCCGGUGCUGUUUGUGUCAGGCACCGGGGACAACAUGUGUGAUAAGGUGCUUUUUGACAGGAUGGUGUCAGAGUUAAAGGCUCCAACUGAGGUUUACUGGGUAAAAGGAGGCAGCCAUGGACUGACAGUGAAGGGCCGGUCAGAGGAGUCCGUGAUGGAGGAAGUCAACCUACAAGUUAUUACCUGGAUAAGUAAACAGGAAGCACAGAUUAGUUAAUGUCAUCCUUGUUUAGUUGUGUUUUGUUGAAUAAAGUAUAUUUGUCACAGUG